AUGCCUUCUAGACAUUCCACUGUUCCGACCCUAGAUUUAAGCUCGUCCACUCUCCAGGCGGGCGGGAAGACCUCUUCUCCUUUAACCCCCGGCGCCCAGAGCUCUGAUGGCCUCAGUCCCCUAACGCCGCAUUCUCCCAAGUCUUCUUCCAGUUCGCCGUUCUUCAAGGGAGCCACCAUCCGCCCUGUCACGCAAGAUUCCAACUCAGUCUCGAACAGCCCUACCUUUCCUGCCUCCCCCGGGAUAGCUACAGAGCCACCCACACCUGGUUUCACGGCAAUCCCCCCAUACCCGCCGUCGCCGAGAGAAUCACCGAAGCACACGCGGGAUCCGUCGCGCUCUUUCUUUGCGAGCCUCAAGGCACCAAAAUACUCUCACAAAGCGCAGAGGUCAGACAGUUCUGGGAAUUCUGCGGAAAAGCCAAAAAGCCGUGGUAGUUCCAGAGAUCGCAGAGCCCAAAUAUCCUCGAAGCUAUAUGAGUCGACACCUGACUUGCCAGGAGCCAUUGAACGCGCUGCUCAUCAAGAAGACGGCGAUUCAUCGGAAAAGAAACUCGAACCCCAACCGUCGGAGUUGAAGAAGAUCGGUACGGAAUCCGAUGGAUACAACUCUGUCAAGAAAACAAAGCCGCGUUUCGCCAACUUGCUAUCUCGGUCCCGGUCAAUCAGGGUGGAUGAUUCUUCUUUGAACCGAGCAUUAAACCGACGUCCAUCUGCCGGCCUUGUGAGGCUGGAGGAAAACAUGAAGCCGGAUGCGCAAGAAGCAGCAAAACAGCUAUCUCGUCCUGAACGUGGGCACAAGGGUACCGCAAACGGCACAUCUGGGAGCCAUUUGGGCGAUCGGCCCGCGGACAUGAACGGUAGCUCGAUGCUCCGAAAAGAGAGAUCUUACGGCGGUUCGAUGGUACCAUCUGCAUCACUGAGUCAAGUAUCGGGAGCUUCGGCUGCCCUGUUCAACAAUCUCAAACAAUCAUCAAGUGGAGCAGCCGAUCGGCUAGGAAAAGCUGGCAAGGGCUUUUUCGGCAAGAUCACCAGGAGCGGCAGCACAAACGAACGUGAACUGGUGGCAGACGAUAACUAUGUCUGCUCUGUUAUCUAUUUGCCCUUGAUUCAACAAGCACGCCGGACACGCAUCGCUAAACGCCUUGAAGACUGUAGAGAUAAGACGGAGUUCUGGAUGCCUGCUUUGCCGUACCGCUGCAUAGAUUACCUAAACUUUAAGGGCUGUGAAGAAGAAGGCCUCUAUCGUGUGCCAGGUAGUGGUAAAGAAGUGAAGCACUGGCAAAGACGCUUUGAUACUGAACUCGACAUUAAUUUGUUCGAUGAACCGGAAUUAUAUGACAUCAACAUAAUUGGAUCCAUGUUCAAAGCUUGGCUUCGAGAACUACCCGACGAACUGUUUCCCAAGGAGACACAGGCCCUGAUAGCUCAAAAAUGCGAGGGAGCUACUACUGCUCCUCAGAUGCUCAAAGAUGAACUCUCGAAAUUACCGCCGUACAAUUAUUACCUUCUCUUCGCCAUAACCUGCCACCUCAACCUUCUUCAUUCCUAUGUUGACCAGAAUAAGAUGGAUUACCGCAACCUUUGCAUCUGUUUCCAACCGUGCAUGAAAAUCGACUCUUUUUGCUUCCAUUUCUUGGUUUGUGACUGGAAAAAUUGUUGGCAAGGGUGUUGGACAGAAAAAGAAUAUCUUCAGCGAGAAAGAGAAAUGGAUGAGAAAGAAAAGGCAGCCCAGGAGAGCGAGAGCCAUUCUCCCAACGUCGACGAAAGGGCCGUUUCUUCUGGCAGCAGCCAAGCCAGCACUUACGACUCCCCUGCUCGUCCUGAGACCCCGAAGACUAUCAAGAAAAAGCCGCGCAACAUCGAAACGGCCCAUGCAAGGAGUAUAUCUCAGCUACCCGAACUUGGUCCGCCUCUUUCUCCCAUCCAAAUAUGA